AUGUGUGUAGCAGAGACUAUAGAGAGCCAUGGCCCAGCGAGAGAGAAGCCCCUAACAGUGUUCCAGACAAGACCCUUGGCGCCCUCUGCAGACACUACAUUGGAACAGCUGGCUCUGGUCAAUGGCAUCCUAAAGACCUCCUACAGUGAGAAAUUGCUUCAGCUCAAAGAAAAACUGAGAGAACAGAAAGCAUCAGAAGAAGCCACAGACACAAAACCUGAAACCCCAGAAACAGCCAAUGGAGAGCAAGCUGAAGAACAAACAACCAAUGAGGGAGAGGUUGCAGAGGGUGAAACCACACCCACUGAUGGAGCAGCCCAGGAGAUGACCGAUCAAAUUGCAGAGGGCCAUGUGGAGGAAACUCCUUCACCUGAGGAGAAAGCUAGCGGUCAGUUGAGCACUACCGCUAACGCUGAGUCGCCCAUCCUCAAUGGAAACUGCUCAGCAAGUGACACAGACGAAGAGGGAGGAGCUGGAAGAAAUGAGGACCAAUCAAAAUUAACCAAUGGAGAAGUAAGCCCCACAGCAAAUGGUAACCAAUCAGAUGAUGCAGAGCCAAAAGUUAACGGGGUGUCUGGGUCUCACGACGAAGAAGACAACACUAAAGAUGGAGCACUGACUGCUGUGAGCAAAUCAGGAUCAAAGGUGGGUGUCUCCACAGAGACGGAUACCCAAUCAGAAGCUACCAUGAUCAAUGGAGGAAACAACAUCAUGACCAAUGGUGAAGUGGCCCCUGCACGGCAAGACUCCGAGUGAAAGACAGCAACCAAUCAGAAAGAAGGAUAUGUGAAGAUUGGCAAAGUGAGCAAACCAAUUAGAGCAAAAAGACACACCAACUAGGCAAUUGUGGGUUUUUUUUGCAGAGUGACCAAAGAUAUUUGAAUUUGUUUGAGCUCUUAUUUCUACAAGGACCAAGUGCCAUAGCACU